AUGGCGCCCCCGGACCGACCACGGGGUUCUCUCCCGCCCCAGCAGCAAAAUUGUAUGUAUUCUGAGCCAGUGGAACCAAGAGAAAGCCUACAGCACCAUCAAACCCAACCCGACUCCGGACUACCAUCCCUUCCACAAACUCAUCCGUCAUGGACCGACUUGACUGGCCCGGAUCACGCUGGGUCUGGGCAGACAAAGCAGGACUUCUCACGACGGCAGCAGUCUAGCCAGAUGAACAACACCCAGUCUACGAUUCCAGGCCAAGCAGCUCUGCAGCAGCCACUGCCUAUACCACUUGAGGCGCAGCAGCCGCAGCCGCAGCCGCAACAAAUGCGUUCUCAGAAUGGAGCCCAGCCAGCUCUGCCGGCAGAAGCGGUCCUUGUCCCACAUACCAUCGGACAGGUAGGAUCGCACGUCUUUCCGAUUGCCAAUGGACAGUAUCAGAUUCGGGUCAUCUCGUACAUGGAAGUUUUGAUACCCAUGGUUCCGUGUCCUGCUCAGCCGCCGUCUCAGUGA